GCGCUUCUUCUUUCUCGGCAGAGCAUCAACUACUCUCCCACUUCUAUAUAUUUCUUUUUUCAUUGUCUUAAUUAAUAAUUUUGAUAUAUAUAUUUCAGUUGAAAAAUGGGGGAAAUGACAGGCCGCCCAAUUUACAGCUGCAGAAACUGCAGGAACCCUAUUGCUCUACAUCAGGAUCUACUUUCCAAGUCUUUUAAGGCAAAAACUGGGCAAGCAUAUAUGUUUGGGCACGCAAUGAACAUUGUGGUUGGGGCAAAGGAGGACAAACAACUGAUGACUGGUUACUACACAAUUGCUAACAUAUUCUGCAGCAAAUGUGGGGAGGAAAUGGGGUGGACUUAUGUGAGAGCUUUUGAUGCAAGAGAGAAAUACAAGGAGGGGAGAUACAUUGUGGAGAAGUCCAAGAUUGUGAAAGAAUACUGAGGCCAAGUGAAGUGCAUUUAUAUAUUAUGAAAAAUAUAUUUAAGUAAAUUUCUUGUUUUUCUCCGGACGUAAGAUGCACGUUUUUACCUGUCGUUUACUUAUUUUUGUUAUUUUGGAACUUGUUGAUUUAAGCUGAUAUGUGUUGUUGUUGGUGGUUACUGACGUUCUGUUUAGUAUGUUUGAACGAGUUUGCUUGUAAUAUAUUCCUGUUGAAAUAAAUAUGAUAUUGAAUUAUUUUAA